AUCGUUAUGAGAGUGGCUAUAGCUCUGGCGUUUUUAUUGUCAGCAGUAAAUACUCUUCCAGUCGAGGAGCCAGUCAAUGGUGAAAAUGGUUGGUUUGUGCCCCAACAAGAUGGCGGUGUAAAGUGGAUAAACAUGAAGGAGGCCAAACAGCUUUUAGAGAACGAUACCCUUAAAGAAAGUCGUUCCAAUUAUGUUUCUUUCUACCUGUAUACCAAACAUAACCCAACCGAGGGCAAGGAAAUCAAUGCUGAUGCUGCCUCAAUCCGCGACUCGCAUUUUGAUAAGAACCACGGAACUCGUUUUGUGAUCCAUGGAUGGAAGGGACGCUACACCAACAGCAUGAACGUCAAGAUAACUAAGGCCUGGCUAUCAAAAGGAGACUAUAAUGUGAUCGUCGUUAACUGGGAUCGAGCCCAAUCGGUGGACUAUAUCUCUUCUGUGCGAGCGGUUCCUGAAGCGGGAACCAAAGUGGGAGAGAUGAUUGACUACCUGCACGAACAUCACGGUAUGUCCCUGGACACUCUUGAGGUCAUUGGACACAGUUUGGGUGCCCAUGUGGCUGGCUUUGCUGGAAAGCAUGUGGGCGGCAAGAGGGUUCACACAAUUGUGGGUUUGGAUCCUGCCAUGCCUCUUUUUAGCUACGAUAAGCCAGACAAGCGUUUAUCCACUGAAAGCCACCAGCGAUCCGUAACCUACUUUGUGGAAGCUGUUACCGAGGAUAAUUUUGGGACCUUUUGGUGCCAUGACUACCAGGCUGCCUUGGCCAAUGAGUGUGGAAGCACCUACAGUAGCGUUCGAAUGGGAGCUGUAACCAAUGCCUACAUGGUCGAGGGCGACUACUACGUUCCAGUAAAGAGCGAGGCUCCCUUUGGGAAGAUCGAUUAG